UUGUCUCCUCCCUCUCUCUUUCUCUCUCUCUCUUUUUCUCCCACAUCUACACCAUCUCAAUCCCUCCCUCUAAGUUUAGUGGGGCUUCUUCUUCUUCCUUCUUGUUCUAACACACUUGCACACACCGCCACCUAGAUCUAGGUUCGCUUGCUCGCUCGCUCUUAUAUUAAUCAGUAGAAGAUCGAUCAGCAUAUACAUACUGACAUCCGUUUGGAGCUAGCAGGCUCGCGGCUGAGAUACAACUAGUGAUAGCGAGCGAGGAGAAGUUAUAGAUCGGCUCAAUUAGAUCGACAGCUAGCUAACGAAAACAUGAGUCCGGCAGUAGCAGCACCAACGGCAGCAGCGGCUAAUCUGCAGGGAGGAGGAGCUGCAGGUCAGUUUGGGGACACGACGUACACCAAGGUGUUUGUUGGAGGAUUGGCUUGGGAGACCCAGAAGGAGACCAUGAAGAAAUACUUUGAGCAGUUUGGUGACAUCUUGGAGGCUGUUGUCAUCACUGACAAGGCCACCGGCAGAUCCAAGGGCUACGGAUUUGUAACCUUUCGUGAAGCGGAAGCAGCGAUGAGAGCUUGUGUCGAUGCUGCCCCAGUGAUAGAUGGAAGGAGAGCCAACUGCAAUCUUGCUUCUCUUGGUGUUCAGAGAUCCAAGCCUUCUACUCCAAAGCAUGGCGGAGGAGGAGGAGGAGGAGGUAGAAACUUUAGGGUAAUGGCGGGAUCAAUAUUCCAAGCUGCAGGUGGAGUUGGAGUUGGAGUGGGAUCUGGUUUUGCAGCAGCUUCUGCAGCAACCGCAUUCCCAGCGCAUCAUCAUUAUGCCGCCAUUCAACAAGGGAUUCCAGCUGCUGCUGCUGCUGCUUACAAUCUUUAUGCCACCGCAGGGUACUCUCCAUACUCGCCAGACUACACUUACCCUACGAACUACUACGGCCUGUACGGAGGUGGAGCAACAAGCCAGUACCCAAUGUACGGAGCAGGCGGGAUGCUGACGGGAGGAGCUGCAGCGGCGGCUUUUUACCCGUAUCUUCAAUACGGAGAAGCAGCGAAUGGAGGUGCGGCUGCCUAUACCACUUCUGGGGCUCAGAAUGUUGGCUAUGGUGGCAUCCAAUACCCACACCAUCAUCAUAAUCUCUAUCAGUAUUCAGCUGCUGGAUUAGGGGGCUACCAGCACUAUGCUCCCUCCAUGUCUCUUGCACCCUCACCCGCCUUGCAAUCACCAGGCGUAACCAUGGCUGUUCCUGCUGCACCAUUAAUUCCAAUUCCAGCUCACCGCUAGUAGCAUGAUCAUCAUGAAUUCCAAAUGCAUUUGGCUCCUCUUUCAUCAACUUCAUCUCAUCUGAUCCUCAAUCGAUCAUCAGCUGCAUGCUUUUCAAUUUUCAUCAUCAUAUUCCUCGAUCAUCCCUUUGGCCUAACCAUGGUUCAUCAUCACAUCCCUUUCUCUUUCGAAUUCGCCGCCUAAUACAAGUUGGCCCAAGCUGCUUUGGCGUUUGGGCUAUCUCAUUGCAUGCAUGCACACAUGAUAUAUAGAAAGCCUCGCAUAGGGGCUUUCUCCAAUCAAAUCAUUCAUUGUCCAAUUCUAGAAACAUGCAUGUCUAUGCAUGCAUCUUCUUCAAACAAGGGUACUUGGGUUCCCUUAUGGAUCACGAGGUUUAAACUAAAUCAUCAUACAUGUUUCUAACCAACAACUCUAAGGCUAUAUUUGGUUUAGCUUUUAAGUUGGAACUAACAUUUUUCACUUUUGUCUUUUUCUUCUUCUUUUAAUUACUUCUCGGCCUUGGAUAGGUCGAGAGGUAACGAAAGGGAAAACACUAGCUAUGCACCCUCAUCAUGCAUAUAACUUUUUUAGCCCAGGAAGGCUAAUCAAAGGCAUAAAAUGGUUUGCAAAUAUUGUAAAUUCAGUACAAAUAGCAAACCCCUUCAUUUUCAAUCUCAGUUUUAAAUUAGUUAGGAAAGAAAAAACACAUGGGGAUGCAUGGAAUUGCAUGCCCCAACAUUUUGGCUAUUAACAUCUAGUCUUAGGAUUUUGCAACUAGCUAGCUAGGUAGCAGCAAUCGAUCAUGUCUCAUUAAAGCUUUACCAACUUAAUUUUCUGGUUUUGGCAGCUUUUAAAUGAAAUGUGUCUAACAGUCUUCCCUUUGGGUUAGGGGAGCAAAAUCACUAACUCCUUUUUGUUAGUUUCUUGUAAAUUUAUAAAUGUGGCUAAACCAAGGGAGUUUUAGCCUCAUUUCACUAAUUUAAGUAGGAGGGAUAGUGUUCUCUUUAGUUAGCAGUUAGCUUCUAGCCCAGCUAGUAUAUAUAUUUCAUCAUCCUUUUGACAGCUCCAUUAAUGGAUGUGGAGCUCAAAAGCAUCUGCAUGUAACCCUUGGGAGAUAUUUUGGUUCCCUUGGGUUCUUCUCCACUAGCAUCAACCAUGGUUAGGUCUUAGGUCAACCUCAUAAUCAUCAGAACCAUCAAUCAUCGAUCAUCAUCAUCAUCUCUCUCUCUC